UCCACCACUCACUCUGUAAACGAUCAAAUCAGAACACACGAUGGAGCUUCUCUGCUCACCAGCAACAUCUCUUUCCUCCUCCUUCGCUCUCUCAUCUUCUCUUUUCGUUUCUCCGUCCUACUCCAUGCGAGGGGCAAGGACGAGGUUCAUGAUUCUCUGUAGCUCUGAGAAAUCUGAUAAGGAAGAUAAGAUGACAGUGUCAGUAACUGGAGCAACUGGAUUUAUAGGCAGACGAUUGGUUCACCGACUUCGUUCUGAUAAUCACUCUAUCCGUGUCUUAACUCGCUCCAAAUCCAAAGCUGAACUUAUAUUUCCUGCCAAGGACUUCCCAGGUAUCGUGAUUGCUGAAGAACGGGAGUGGAGAGACUGCAUUCAAGGCUCAACUGCUGUUGUCAACUUGGCAGGUCUUCCUAUUAGUACAAGAUGGUCUCCAGAGAUCAAGAAAGAGAUUAAGGACAGUCGAGUCCGUGUCACCUCUAAAGUUGUUGAGUUGAUUAAUAACUCCCCAGUGGAUGCUCGACCUACCGUUCUAGUUAGCGCCACAGCUGUUGGUUACUAUGGUACUAGUGAGACGGGAGUAUUUGAUGAGAAGAGCCCAUCAGGAAAUGAUUAUCUUUCAGAGGUUUGCAGGGAAUGGGAAGGAACAGCUCUGAAAGCGAAUAAGGAUGUAAGAGUUGCACUUAUCCGCAUUGGUGUUGUUCUGGGUAAAGAUGGUGGGGCUUUAGCCAUGAUGGUACCCUUUUUCCAAAUGUUUGCUGGAGGACCUCUGGGUACAGGACAACAAUGGUUCUCUUGGAUUCACGUGGAUGACUUGGUGAAUCUGAUCUACGAAGCCCUCACUAAACCAUCCUACCAAGGAGUGAUAAAUGGGACUGCGCCAAACCCGGUUAGGCUUGGGGAGAUGUGUCAGCAGCUAGGCAGCGUUCUUGGUCGACCGUCGUGGCUACCAGUUCCUGACUUUGCACUCAAAGCUUUACUCGGAGAAGGAGCAACUGUGGUUCUUGAAGGACAGAAGGUCUUACCUGUAAGAGCCAAAGAGCUUGGGUUUGAAUUCAAGUACAAAUACGUGAAAGAUGCACUCAGGGCCAUUAUGCAGUAAGGUGACAACACAGAUCAUCGGAUUUGGUUACAAAAAAACAGAGAUUCUUUUUUUAUUUGUUACUUUUGAGUAAAAAUUCGAGGCGAUGUAUGUAUUGUCCAAGUGUUUUCAAGUGAAAUCUCAGAACUGUAGAGAUUAUAACUCAGAAGAAGACAUGUCUUAACUCAAAUAUAUCUCCAAAUACAUAACUUAUAUUUCUC